UCUGUGCGGUCGGGUGCGGCGCGCGGCCCCCGUAGGAGGAGGGGCUGGCGGGCCGGGAACCGGAGACCGCGCGCGGGCAGCGCCGGAGCCGAGCCCGGCCGCGCCGAGUUACAAACUCUAUUGUGACGCACUUACUACGACUGACGGCCCUUGCCAAACCUUCCCCAGACUUGCUGCCCUCAGCACUUUCGGCAGAACAAUGGGGCCGGAGCAGGGAGCGCGGCCAGCCGCCUGCAGUCGCUGCGCCCGCGCCCGCUCCUGGGCUCCAGCGUCGGGUCGGCUCCCGGGGAGUCAGCGCCCGCUGGGAGUUUCUGACUUACUCAGGUCAGCCUCGAGCAAAGAGCACCUGCGAAUAGAUUCCAGACAAGUAGCUUCUCUCAAAACGUGUGCGAGUGCAGCAAUUCCACAAGUAAUUGACGUUGUUUUCUGUAUUUUGUUGGUGGCAGGAAGUUUAGGCCCCUCCCCCCAAGGUAAUGAUACCUUUGUUAUUUUAGGUGUAUUUUGUUCUGAUUUGGAAGAUUGUCAGACCAGAGAGUAUUUGGUAUGAACUCCAAGCAUUUUCCACGAAAAAAAAGACCAAAUGGCCAAGCAACCUUCCGAUGUAAGCUCUGAGUGUGACAGAGAAGGUGGACAAUUGCAGCCUGCAGAGAGGCCGCCUCAGCUCAGGCCUGGGGCCCUCAUCCCUUUACAGACAGAGCCGCAAGGUAAUCCCGAAGGUGGAGGGGACCGCUGCCCCCAAGGCAGCCCUCAGGGCCCGCUGGCCCCACCGGCCAGCCCUGGCCCUUUUGCUACCAGAUCCCCGCUUUUCAUCUUUGUGAGAAGAUCCUCUCUGCUGUCCCGGUCCUCCAGUGGGUAUUUCUCUUUUGACACAGACAGGAGCCCGGCACCCAUGAGUUGUGACAAAUCAACACAAACCCCAAGUCCUCCUUGCCAGGCCUUCAACCACUAUCUCAGUGCAAUGGCUUCCAUGAGGCAGUCUCAGGCUGUACCAGCAGAUAUGCGCCCGGAGAUAUGGAUUGCACAAGAGUUACGGCGUAUUGGAGACGAAUUUAAUGCAUAUUACCCAAGGAGGGUCUUUUUGAAUAAUUACCAAGCAGCCGAAGCGCAUCCCCAAAUGAUUAUCUUACGGCUUUUACGUUACAUCGUCCGCCUGGUGUGGAGAAUGCAGUGACGACAGGCUCCUCAUGGAGUCAGGAUGUGUGCAGACAUUUCACUUGUUAAGACUGGCAAGCGCCAGCACCACAGUCUCGCUAUGCAGCCAGUGGUCCUUUCCCAGAGGGUGAGCAGAGUGGCUGGCGAUACACUCCUGAAGACACUGAGCUGCACAUGAACUUGACCUUUCACCACACACGGCAGAAUUUCUAAUGGAAGUUUGUUGUGAAUGUAAAUGAGGAAAGAUUCUAUUUUUUUUUUUUUUAAUGUACAGAUCAUGGUUCUUUGGAACAGGAUUUUAUGCAAAAAUGGUGUUUACAUGUGGUGUGGGUUUUUUUUCCACCUUCUUUAAUAAGAACAGGUUUUUCAAAAGGAAAUGGAAACUUUUUAACCAACUUGUGAAUGAUUUUUGUACUAAAAUUUUGAGAACCUAUUGCCUGCUCUCAGAGGAUUAUGUAAACUCUGUAGUGGAAACUGAGCCAGCUAGUUUAUAAAGCUGCCUUAGUUUAUUUUUAAAGGUUACUGUACAGAAUUUUUAAAUGGGAGAGGUAUGAUAGGGCCCCCUCCCUUCCCUGCCAUUGUUCUUUGACUUUUUUUUUAUCAUUAUUAAUACCAAAAAAGUUUUUAAGAAAUGGAACUGAUUGAUGGGGCAAAGGGUCUGUUGGCAGCCUGUAUUGAUACGCCACUCCCAUUUUGUAAAUAUUUUCAUACCUCCUCAAAUUCAGUUGCAUCUGUGGCAAAACUUCAGACUGUUUUGUGUUUUUCCUUAUCUCCUCUUGAGAUGGCUCCUCUAGUCUGGAAGCUGAUGCAAGAACUUGGUCCAGCGUAUUUUCUUGAUGAAAGGUAACGGGGUUAGAACAUGAGAUGGUAUCUGCCUGUAUCUGCAUAGCUCGCUCGCUUGGUCUGGCUGUAGCUCACUAAAUGGGAAUUGCUUGCCAUGAAUUUCCUUCUGGCCUCAACGGGCCUGUCAUUCAGAAGCAUUCUGAAGAGCUAAUGGCUGUCAUAGCGUAGACGAAGGGUUAUGUCCCUUUGCACCGUUGGCUCUCUGGACACAGGCUGUCCUGCAGUCACAGAAUGCCCUCAGCAUAAGAGCCCCCGGUGGUUAACAUGCCUGCUGCGGCUGAGUCCUCCUGCAGGUGUCCAAGCUUCAGCCCUGGGGGAAUUGGCGUGGGCCAGGGGCAGGGCUUGGGAUGGCUAUUUCCUGGGCAUCCUGGCUUCUUGACCAAGUCAGAGUUCCUCUGGCCUCUGGUGCCUGGCACUAGGUUCCCGCUCCUCCAAAUCCGCUUUGCAGUAAAGGCUUUGCUUUGCUUUCAGCAGUGCCAUAGAAAGCCUCGAUUGGGCCCAAGUCUGACAUGGUGCCUCAGCCUCUGACAGGUGUUGAUUUUCCUUGUCCCGUUUCUCUUGGGACAGUUGGGUUUUGUCAGGCCACCCUUUGUUCGGAUGAGCACCUCUGCUGCCUGUGGAGGUCGUCAUGAGGGAGAGACAUGAGUUGGCCAGUCAUUGCAAAGGUAGACACCUGGGGAGACCCAAAAAAGGGUUUAGGGGGCAGCAAAAGGAGAGGUGGAGGUCACUCCAUGGACCCUGUAUCUCACACUGUUACAUUAAGUGGAAAAAUCCAUUCAUUUGUAUCUUCAUAAGUUUAUAUAAAUAUAUAUAUAUACAUAUAUGUAUAUAUUGCAUAUACACCUUUUCCUUUAGGUAGAGAUACUUGAUUCCAAAUACUCUUCCUUUUUAAAAAUGUCCUUUUCCCCAAAUAUCUUGUUGGGGUCUUGCAUAUUUUUAAAGCUGUGUUGAGUCUCACUUGUGUUCUUGACCUAUCUUGCACCCCUUUUUCAGGUCCUAAAGGCUACACGGUUGUAAGGUGGUGACAGGAUGCAGCCGUGGACCUGCUAGGCACACACCAAAGACAUAUUUGGUUCUGGGCCCCUCCUUCCCAGGACCUCUGUGCCCAGCACCAGCUUCUGUGACUGGAGCACUUUAUUCUUUCAAUACUGCGGCUCCCUGGGAAUGGUGCCUGAGAGCUGUGCUCCUCCCACAUGAGCAAAUUUCCCUCUGGCUUGGCGGCAUGCAGGCCUCCCGGCCAGCUGUGAAAGCAGCUCGUGGGGAAAUGAGAGAUGCUAUGAAUUGUAGAAGUACUAGACAGUGGGAUCUUGCACCAGAACUUAAGAGCGAUGGCUGGAUGUCUCUACUGUACUGAGCUGUUUAUCAAGAUGCCUCCCUGCAGAAAGGUUACUGACUGUAGUAUACCUUUUACUUUUCCCUUCUUUACCUUUUUAUAGAAAAAUACAGCAGAUCCUUUUUCUUAAAACUUAAUGCGGGUUUUGUGCCUUGACUGCCUCUUACAUGAGGUUUGUAGAAAGUGUCCUGUGACUUUUCACAGAAAUGCAAUAAAACACAAAUUAUCAUGAGCGAUUCUUCAGAUUAUCUAUGUUCCUGCCUAGAGAUAGAUUUAUCAAUUUUUUUUCUUUUUUGUUUGUGGAGAACCCAGGUAAAAAUUCAUAAGGAUUAAAAAAGUAUACACAGUAGAAAACAGCUUUCUCCUGUUUCCUCUUCUUGAUGUUGUAUAUAUUUUGACUAUUUAUUAGAUUAGGAAGUCAUAUUUUACUUAUCAACUGAGCCAAAUGUCUGUGUGCAAUUGUGGUUUCUUUUAUCUUUCUUGUAAAAUUUUGUACAGCAUGAGUGAGUAAAAGUCACUGUUUUUACUUUCUCAGAUUUGAGGAUUGUAAAUAUUGUAGAUUCUUUUUCUGUGUAAUGUGUCCUACUGUUUCAUAAUGCUGUAACCUGUAGAAAUAUUGUAUAUUUAUUUCCUGCUUAUUUAAUGUCUGAAAUUCAGAAAAGUAUUGACCUCCCCGACCCCUUCCCCUGCCUUCCCAAUAAUUGCUUUAUUUCCGAGGUGGUGACUAGUCAGCUCACUGCAGCCUUCCCAGGGUGGCCCUGCAGCUUUGGAUGCUGGUAUUUCUGGUCAGAUGUGGUUAAGUUCUUGAGACUCGCUAUCUUUAGGUGAAGUUUUUAUUUGGACACCAGUGAGAGUCCCUAAAUCUGGAAGGCGACAGAAUUCUGCUCUAAGAAAUGCCCAAUGACUCUGUAUGUUCCAAAAGAGCUAGUGGCUCAGAGAGGCAAAUCCUAUGAACUAUAUAGGCUGUUAUCUUUUUUCUUUUUUAAUGCAUUGGGACAGAUCUUCCCAUUGACAAUUUAUCCCUGACAACUCAGUGUUCAGAAAAAUAAAACCAUGUCCCUCCUAGAUGUGCUACUACAAGACUGUCCAGGACAAGGGCCAGGCGAGAUGGAGGGACAGCUGGGACAGGUCGCCCUGCCUCAUUCAAGAGCAACAUCAGAACCACCUCGCUGCCACCCCUUGUCGGCAACUGAUACGCAGUUGCAUUUCCCCCACUGCUGUGCUGGGAGGCAUGGACUAAGUUGUCUUCAGGGGCUAGUUGUACAGCCCCCUAGCCCUGAACCAUUUGGUCCCCGCGUUUGGUCAGCCUUGCUUUCUCAGGCUGAUGGCUUCCUUCCACUCCUUCAUGGCCUUCAAGAGAAGUUGGGGGCCCCGCUAGACUGGGUGUAAAGAUGUGAAAGCUUGUGGAAGCUUUAGAGGCUUCUGAGUGCCUCUGUGUUGCUGGUUCUGUUGUCCCUGCUGAGUUAGCUUGGUGCCUAUGUGUGUCUACUGCACAUGCACGUGUGCAGGCAUGUGUCCACACGUGACGCUAAACCAGCUGGGGUAACUCCUGCUCUCCCAGGGGCAUGGUGUGCAAGAAGCAUCCAAAGCUCCCACCUUAGUGAGUUGACUACUUUUCCUUGGAAUCUGAUUUUAGAAACUCUUACUCCUACAUUGUAUGUCCAGGUUCUGUGACCACUAGUUACUGUAUCAACUCAUCAGGUACACCUUUAUAAAUAGCACUGACCUGUCUGCAUACUGACCCAUCACUAACCUGUUCCCUAGAGCCCAGCGUAUGUAGCAUUUGUACCGCAGUUUCCCUGGCUUACUUGUGUUUUGCACUGAUGAACUUUGACAGGGGUAAUUGCCACUUUACUUGUGCAAUAUACUGCUGUAAAUAGCUGCAGAUUUUUUUUUAAGAGACUCAAUCUUUUAUGUUCUUGACGAAUUUAUAUAAAUAAAACUUUCAACUAGU